AUGCAUUUCGCAUACCCUCCACGAAAGUCGUCGAACCCGCCGCCUUUCCGGCCCCGGACGUCCGCUCUUCCGACAAUACGAAGCAGACGUCUGAAAACCAUUGUCCUUGCCGGCCUGGCAUUCGUGACAUUACUAUGGCUCUUCCAAACAGGGCGCCGUAAUCGACACGCGCCACCGGCGUACCACAAGCCGUCGGGCAACCCGCCGGUGGUGAUAGUCACAGUAUUCAACGAGGGCAAGUAUGGAAAGGGGUACUUGGAUACGGUCAAGGAAAACAGGCUAAAAUAUGCCGAGAAGCAUGGUAUCUCACCAUCACCACCACCGAAUUCAGGUUACGGCACCUUUUUCGUCAAGUCCUCCGACUACGACCUCCGCGGCGCACCUACCUCGUGGGCCAGCCUCCCCGCCGUCCGACAUGCCAUGACCAAGUUCCCCGAUGCGUCGUACAUCUGGUACCUCGAUCAGAACGCUUUCAUCAUGAACCCGCUGCUGAAGAUCGAGGAGCACGUCAUGAAGCCAUCGAGGCUGGAGGAGCUGAUGAUCAAGGACCAUCCCGUUGUGCCGCCCGACAGCAUCAUCAAGACAUUCAGCCACCUCAAGGGACACGACGUGGAUUUCGUGUUGACACAGGACAAGGACGGUCUGUCUUCGAGCAGCUUCGUGGUAAAGAAUGGAGAAUGGGCCAAGUUUUUCAUCGAGACUUGGUUCGAUCCCAUCUACAGGAGUUAUAAUUUCCAGAAGGCGGAGCAGCAUGCCUUGGAACACAUCGUCCAGUGGCACCCCACAAUCCUGGCCAAGCUCGCUCUCGUGCCCCAGCGCAUCUUGAACUCGUACAGCAAGGAGAAGGGUGGGCAGGAGUACAAGGAGGGAGACCUUGCGGUGCGCCUCUAUGCUUGCGGCGAGGCUGGCGAGGAUACUUGUGAAACCGAGUCGCAGAGGUUCGCUCAGUGGAAGGCCGCAUUCCAGAACUCAUGAGAGGGCAGGCGGAGGUCAAGGGAUGGAUGGAGGAUAGCAGGCGAAAGAAGGCACAUUCAGCUUCUUCAGUAUCAUGAACACAAC